UAUGUGUGCACCAACUGCCCAUGAGAUUGAUGCACAAAAUCGACCCACAAUAGGAAAAAAAUUAAAUAGAUGAAGAGCCAAUAUAACAAUUAGACUGUCGGCAACUAUAUCAAGUCCUACUUUUUACCAUGUUGCACCGCAACCGAUGCAUAACGCACCAACGAUGGCUAUAAAACUGAGAUGCAACUGAGAGAAAUGGUCAGUGUUGAUGGUAUUUUGAGCUGAGGCUGUGUGUACACAGUAAUUCCUCCAGCUCGUUGUUUUUAUGUGUUAAUUAGAAGCAUAAUUAAUUUUUGGUGUCACAAUGAAGGUGGUGAUAUCUAUUCUAAUUGUAGCAUUUCUAGCUUUAGUGUGUAAUGCAAAGACUGUCGAUAAUUCAUGGUUAAGUGCUGCACUCGAAGCGCGGAGUCUGUGGCGUAGCUGUGGGAGGAGGCACGAUGUAACACGUUGGGAUUGCCUCAAAAGCCGGAGUUUGGAUAUCCUCAGCAAUGUCACGACCUCCGAUGUCAUUCCCAUUUUGGAUAAUAUUAAAUUAGUGCGGAACACCGAAAGCGCGAGAUCAAACACAAUGGACGACGAGAGGAAACUAAUAGGCAAAUCGUGGGCUCAGCAAGUCCUACACAAAAUUGCUUCCACAUUCAACACUCAUCAUGUGGAAAUUAAUUUGGCCAGUGCUCAAGGAAAUGCAGAAAAUGAAGCACGAAGACGGCGUCAUCAUAUGCUGCCCAUGAUUGCAAUUGGUUUCACAGCACUCGGAAUGAUUCUCAUGCCGAUGGGGUUCCAAUUUUUGGCCGUGCUGGGCGGAAAGGCACUCCUACUGGCCAAAAUGGCCCUCAUCCUCGCCUCUAUUAACGGGUUAAAACGGGUAUACUUGUUUUAUAAAACACACACGGAGGGAUCCAUGGACUACCUUUACCUCUUCCUACUACUUAUUCAUUAUAUACAUACUACAUAAUAUGCGAAGUUACAUUUUACACUGAAAUGUUCUUCCUCCGCAUUUCUCUUCACACUUCUUUCCCGCAGACUUUCCCCUUACGCUGCCUAAUUAAUUUCUCUUUUGUCUCUCUUUACAUUUGAAUUUAAAAAAAACAGUUAGCAGCUUCCGGUCUCUCAUACGGAUUGUACCAGAAUAUCCCACAGCAGCAAGGUCCAACAGGACUCUACUUCGAUAGGAAUGAUCCCACACAGUACUCCCACCCAAGGGCUUUCU